AUGGAGGAUCUAGAUGCUGCAUCUGCAUCCGCUCUGGCGGCCAUAGCGGAUCCUGAUGACGCUUCUGUUGAAGCAGCGAUGCAAGCUCCGGUUACUGUUGGGCUGGGACCCGUCGGCCCCCUCCUCCGGAAACUCCAUCGACAGAGUCGGGCGCCAGAUCUGCUAAGUGCGAAACAGGUUCGUCUUCUCAAGAUUUUAUGCAUCUGGCUGAAGGGUAUGUCGGAAGAGGAGGAGGCUAGCUGCCUGGUCCAGUGGUGGAUGAAGAUGGCUCGGGAACUUUGUUAUGACACGGAUGAUCACCUGGACAAGCUUAUCGCCACCGGCUCUCGUGCUGCCGACUCAAGAUUACUUGCUCGUGUCAAUGCUGCGUGUGAAAGACACCUGCGUUUCAAGUUAUCUCCUACAAAGAAUAUCAAACCAGGUGACCGGGGGGAGACCUCCCUCGAGCUGCCGCCAGUUCCUCUCCCUGUCCAUAAUCUGGAGCCGCCAAAGAAUCUUGUCGAGAUGCUGGCAUUAGACGACGCCGAGAACACACUCAAGGUGAUACCUAUACAUGGAUGUGCAGGUGUUGGAAAGACAACAGCUGCCAGAGCUUUGUAUCACAAGCAUGCAGGGAAAUUUCAGUGCCGUGCUUUUGUAACUGUGUCCCGCAAUCCAGAUAUGAGGGGGUUUCUCACCAGCAUGCUCAAACAACUCAAGGCACAACGGCCAGGUCGUUUUCCUGAUGUACCGGACCUUAUCGAUGCUAUCAACAAAUAUCUCCAAGGCAAAAGGUACUUUAUCGUAAUUGACGAUAUGUGGACUGCAUCAGUAUGGAAUGUUAUCUGGCUUGCUUUUCCUCGUGAUGAUUCUUGCAGCCGAAUAAUAACAACUACAGAAAUUGAAGAUGUAGCAUUAGCAUGCAGUGGUUAUUACUCGGAACGUAUAUAUAAGAUGGAACCUCUUGAUGAUAACAAAUCCAGAGAGUUAUUUUUCAGUAGAGUGUUUAGCCCUGAAGAUGAUUGUCCAAAACAUAUCAAAGAAGUUUCAGAUGUGAUUGUAAAGUGUGGUGGUUUGCCAUUAGCUAUUGUAAAUAUAGCCAGUCUGCUAGCAAAUGAGUCAAAAAACGUAGCAGAAAAAUGGAAGCACGUACAUGAUUCUUUGUCUUCCACUUCGGUGGGGAUGGAAAAUGUUCUCAACCUUAUGUACAAUAGUCUCCCAUCUCGAUUGAGGACAUUCUUGCUAUAUCUCAGCAUGUAUGCACAGGGCUAUGUGAUCAAGAAGGAUGAGUUGGUGAAGCACUGGGUAGCCGAAGGCUUUCUUAGAGCUGUGGAAGGGCAAGGCAUAGAAGAAAUUGCUGAGGGUUAUUUUGAUGAGCUUGUAACUUGUAAGCAGAGGAAUGGUCCAAGCCCUGGACACCGGUUAUAA